CAUGCUCAAUUGCUAAACAUCCUCUCCAGCCGGAAGGUAUUCACUCACGGUCCUUCUCUUUCCGUGUCUGUUUAGGAGUAGAGCGUGAUUUCAGGAACAGACGAACAUAGUCUUCAAAAUGCAGGACCCUAACGAAGACACGGAAUGGAACGAUAUUCUGCGGAAGAAAGGCAUCCUCCCACCGAAGGAGACGCCGAAAGAGGACGAGGAGGAAGAACAGCUGUUUCAGCAGCAAUCCGUCGUGAAGACCUAUGAGAGCAUGUCUCUGGAGGAGCUCGAGGAGAACGAGGACGAGUUCAGUGAAGACGACGAGGCGGCCAUAGAGAUGUACAGGCAGAAGAGGCUGUCGGAGUGGAAGGCCAAUCAGGUGAAGAACGUGUUCGGGGAGCUGAACGAGAUCUCUGGUCAGGACUACAUCAACGAGGUCAACAAGGCUGGGGACGGCAUCUGGGUGAUACUGCACCUCUACAAGCAGGGGAUCCCCUUGUGCACUCUGAUUAAUCAGCACCUGUGUGCGCUGGCGCGUAAGUUCCCGCAGACCAAGUUCCUGAAGUCCAUCUCCACCACGUGCAUCCCCAACUACCCUGACCGCAACCUGCCCACCGUCUUCGUCUACCGCAACGGAGAGAUGAAGGCCCAGUUCAUCGGAGCGCUCGUCUUCGGGGGCAUGAACCUCAAAGUCAACGAACUGGAGUGGAAGCUGUCUGAAUCGGGAGCAAUAAAGACAGACUUGGAGGAGAAUCCCCACAAGCAGAUCCAAGACAAGCUCAUGACGUCCAUACGCUGCUCUGCAACGACCAAACACGACAGCGACGACUCUGACGGCGACUAACACACACACACACACACACACACACACACACGUAAUGUCUAUAUUGUGCUCUAUACCCAACAAAUGAGUUAGGAUGACUGACACACACACACACACAGGAUAUGUGUGUCGACACCAUGGAAACGGUUUUGUAUGAAUCCCUAUAAAGUUGGUCCCACAGAUAAAGGACUGUUUUUCUGAA